GUUACUUAUAAAGUCAAAUUUUACUGUCAAAUGUAACAAAUUAAUCUAUAUUUGGAGCUAAAUUGUACGUAAAGGAGAAAUGGAGCAGUUGUAUUUGUUGGAAGUGUUAAUAGAACGGAUCUUCUUUACUCCAACCACUAUUGACGUUUCGAAACCAAGCGACAUAAAAAUAGGCGUCCUUUUCGCACAUUUAGUUAACGUGGAUAUCGAAUCGGAAGAUAUUGGAGGGUUGGAUAUAGUUAUUGAUCCUGAAAAUCGAAUUUGGAGUUUGGAUCUGGGCAAAUCGAUUUUGUUUCCCUGCAAAUCUAACGAUUUACUUCUAACGUUAGUUCAGUCGCCAUUAGAGCUUAGUCUGAAACAGAAUACUGCACCUUACACAGUUGGAAGAGUGAAAGUGACUUGGCCCCGCAAUUUUCUUGAAAUGGUCGAGAAAUCUGGAUUAAAUCCAAAUGAUGUGGAGCCUGCGUCUGUCUGCGCCAUGUAUGAGUUAAUUGACGAAAACGAAACGCACGUUGCUAGCUUAGAAGUACUUAUAAGAUUAUCUUCGUAUGGACAUAGUCUUCAAACCCAAUUUCAAAUAGUACCCAACAAAAGCAACGGGGAAGGACUGCCAGCUAAUAAAUAUUUUUUUAGAAACAUCAAUACUGCUACAACAUUUAAAGCAGAAACGUAUGGCGAAGAAAGCAAGCAGGAAAUACCACUAGUUGCCCCAAUUUGCGGCCCAGCCGAUAAAACGUUUUUUAAGCAAGAUAGAAUAAGACCGGAAGAUAUGUCAACGGAACAACUGAACAAAAUUCUAUGCAAGAACAAACACUGCCCGGGGGCUCAAAAAUUCGCCGAGUACGGAAUUGGUCCGGCAGCAACCGGUUCUGGACUCGGAACACUGCAUGGCGAUUGCGACGUUCCCAUUUCAUACGGACUGAGUCAUACCUACGGCAAUUUGGAAAAUUAUGGACCUUAUGGUGUUUACACUCGUCCACAUUCUUUGGACCAACCUUACAUACCUAAAACUGAAAAAGAGGAGGAAGUUAAGACAUGUAAGUGUGGCAAUCCUCUAAGACUACGAGGUGGAGGAGGGCAGGAUGAUGGUUCUGAUAUGCCACCAAAACCAAUGGCGAUGUGUAAGGACCUAAUGCAAUCAUUUGAUAAAGUUUUGAGUGCAUAUAAAAAGGCGUUAGGGCCUUGUGGCCAGAGCAUUUGUCCGUUUGCGUUUAAUGUCAUCGACGAGUCGUGUAAAAAGCUCUGCUUUCCGCCACCAACCGAUUCGGAUAGCGUAAACGGAACCACUCCACGGGUUUCAACAGAACCCAACGUAUUGUCGGCUUGUGGCACCCCCAGCUGUCCUUACUCGAGGCCUCAGUCUGUCGAAGCAGAUAAAACCUUUCAGGCACAGCAACUCAAAAGUGCAUGCGGAAAACCUACCUGCCCAUUUACAAAACAACGGUUAGGAAUGACGACUGAUGACGACGUAAUGGACUUGCAAUAUAUGACCGCUCGUUGCAAACCUCCACCAUGCCAUAGUGCGCCUGUAACCCCAUCGCGUCCUUUAGAUCCAAUACAUUGGGAUUGCCCAGAACCCUUACCAAAAGGGCCUUGUAGGAACCCGCAAUGCCCUUUCAAACCCAAAGAGCUACGGUACACCGCCAAAGGACCUUGUGGUAGUGAGCAAUGUCCUUUUGCAAUCCCGCCAUUUUGCGGCGAUACAAAUUGCCCAUUCAGUCCGCCACAACCUUGCCCCAACGCCCAACCACCUCCACCACCAACCUGUGGUGAUCCAACGUGUCCUUUUGUCUCUCCACCACCUGCUCCCGCUUGUGAUCCUGCCCAAUGUCCGCCUUCGCCGUGCUUCACGACAUGCAUAAUGCCUUGCUGCACAAAUGCAACAUGUCCAGCUAAUCCACCGACUUGUGGCGAUGCUUUCUGCCCGCUUAAUCUUCCCGCGCGACCUUGUCCCGGCUCUUCGGCCGGCGGUCGGGCGCCAAGCGCGGGACGCCCUUUUACUCCCAGAAAACCAUCACCUUGUUUUAUUCCGGAGAACCAGGCGGAUUUGUGCGACAAUCCACAAUGUCCAUUUCAAUCAAGCGCACCUGACAACAAUUCAGUUUGUGCCAAUCCCGAUUGCUCUUACAACAAGAACAGUCCAUCGUUUGAUUCCAUAUGCCCAAAUCCCGACUGUCCAUAUCGCGAUGGUAACGCGGCGAAAAUGCAAGCUAAAGAUAGUGUAUGUAGCAACCCCGAGUGUCCGUUCGGAGUUCACUCAGAGUGUGUAAAUGGUGACAUACCAACUGCAUUUCCUUGUGAAAUUGAGCUGGGUGGCGCAACGAUUCCCGUUGAGCUGGAUAAUCACCGAAGGUCUUCACGUAAAGCUAGUUUGGGCGCAGGGGAUGACGGCACGGCCAUUCCACAACGGUUUUCUAAUAAUACGCCCAUCCCAAGUUCAGAUGUAGCUAAACCUACAAGAAGAAUGAGAGGAAAAAGACGAAAAGCAAAUUAUGUGUAUAAAUUGGGAGACUUAUAUCCCGGAGUCAAUGUUGGUCAUCGCGAGUGUAUCAUCCCCGGACGAAACGUACCUGCGAAAAUGGGUUGGGCGUGGAAUAUCGACGUUCCGUGUGUGGGAUUAAAGCCUAGGAGAGGUUGGCGGCCAGGCGCCGUUGCUCGUACUAUCGCUGCUAGAAUUAUAGCUCAUCGGAAAGAAAGAGGACUGACACCGUUACCAUUAGGAAGUGGCAUGGGUAGAGAAGGAAGAAGAAGACCCAAAUCACAAUACGAUUCAGACACCGACGCCUCCGUCGCCCCGAAACCAACUUUACAAAUAAAAAAAAGAGACGGAACGUACAUGAUCACCAUGAAUCCCCUUAAAGAUCCAAAAACGAUUGAGGAUAAUGAAAAUCCGUACAUGGAAUGUUCGCCCUUGCAAUUUAAAAUUACAAAAAACAAAGAGAAAGACGACUCGCGUUCGUGUUAUUGCGAGGAUGUAGAAUCAACAUCGUCAUCUGAUAGCGAGCUAGAUAUAGAAUUUACACCGCCGGCAGGAAUCAUAAGACCCGAACGGCUUAAGAGGAAGAAAAACGUGGUCCACACUGAUACGCAGUACAAUACAGAAGAUUUUGAUCCGAAACCCAAAGGCGGUGCCGCAAAAGGUGGUGCUGGCGGCAAGAAAGGUGCCAAGGGUAACAAGGGUAAAAAGGGUAAAAAGAAGUGAAUAUUUAGAAGUUAAUACUAAUUAUAAAGUGACAUCAAUCGGCUUUUUAAGUAAAGUAUAUAUAU